AUGAGCGAACAAAAAGCUGUGGUGAAAAAUGCGGACAUGGAUGAACGUUUGCAACAGGAAGCGGUAGACAUCGCUUGUGAGGCAAUCGGGAAAUACUCGAUGGAAAAAGAUAUCGCCGCGCAUAUAAAGAAAGCAUUCGAUAAGAAUCACUCGGGUCCGUGGCACUGUAUUGUGGGCAAAACAUACGGAAGCUACGUGACGCACGAAAAGAGACAUUUUAUCUACUUCUAUUUGGGAUCUUAUGCAAUUCUUCUGUUUAAAUCCGGUUAA